CUCCCCAACCACCCAAUGACCUUCUUUCCUCAGGGUGACCACUCCCCUGGGCUGGCCUUCCGGCACACCCACAGGCAGCCCGGGCCCAGGCCUGGGAGUCAGUUGGCAUUCCAGGGACCAGACCGUCUGCAACUGCGUGUGCAGGGAGCUGCUCUCCACUCCUCAGCAGGGGAAACGCUCUUGGAAGGGCUGGCAAGGGGUGCCCGCAGGUGCCAGAGGAGUCCAGCCAUGCUGGCGCUGCUGUGUGCCUGCUGCUUUCUGGUGGCCUGUGCCUCGGGCUUCGGGGGCCCCGAGCAGCCGAAUGGAGACCCGGAGAGCCGGGAGGAGCUGGCCCGGCGGCGGGCGGCCAGCACGCUGUACGCGGCCUGCGAGGUGCGGCCGUCGGCCAGCCUGGACGCCGCGGAGCCCCGGGUGACCGGCCUCGUGCUGUUCCGGCAGCUGGCGCCCGGUGGCCGGCUCGACGCCUACUUCGACCUGAAGGGCUUCCCCACGGAGCCCUACAACUCCAGCCGCGCCAUCCACGUGCACCAGUUCGGGGACACGAUGCGGGGCUGCGAGGCCACUGGGCCGCACUACAACCCGCUGGGCGUGCUGCACCCGCAGCACCCGGGCGACUUCGGCAACUUCGUGGUGCGCGGCGGCGGCCUCUGGAGGUACCGGGCCGGCCUGGCCGCCUCGCUCAGCGGCCCGCACUCCAUCGUGGGCCGCGCCGUGGUGGUGCACGCGGGCGAGGACGACCUGGGGCUGGGCAGCAACGCGGCCAGCCUGCAGAACGGCAACGCGGGCCGCCGGCUGGCCUGCUGCGUGGUGGGCCUGUGCGGGCCCGAGCACUGGGCGCGCCUGGAGCAGGAGCACCAGCAGCGCAAGGAGCGAAAGAAGCGGCGGCGGGAGAGCAAGGCGGCCUGAGCUCUCCGUGCACCCCUCCAAGCUCCUCCGUCUCCCCAAAGACCCUGCCCCGCCUUGAUGAUCUCCUUCUUCUUCUAGAGACAUCCUCUACCCUGAGAUCUCCAGCCAGGCCUGCUGAGAACCCCCUCCAUCCAGAGGGCACAUCCCCCUCCAUCCAGAGGGUAGUCCCCCUCCAUCCAAAGGGUAGCCCCCCUUCGGAACACCCCCAACCUGAGCUCUAAGAACCCCCAGAGGUACGCCCCUCCACCCACCAUCUACCCCAUCUACCCUUAGGGCCUCCUAGACUCCUGAUGUCCUUUUCUACCCUGUCACCCCUGCCCUCACCCCAUGCGCCCCGAGAUACCUCUAUGCCCUCAGGACACCACCUCCUAACUCCCCCGCCCCCUAGAUUCCGCCAGGCUCUCGAAGGCCCGUCCUGGGGUUGCCUAGAGUCCCCACCUCCCCACCCACCACCCAUGCGUGACCCUGCCAGCCCACCACCUGCAGUAAGGAGCCUUUGGCUAGUUUCAGCACCUCGCCACCCUGCAGAGAGAUGCCCUCUGGGGUGGCCUGGCCAUCUUCACGUCGCACAUUAAAAACGCAGCCUCUCAGCACUGCA